AUGCAUCCACCCCCGGAGCCAGGCUCCCGCGGGAACCCGGAGCGGGCGGGGAUUCAGGCCCUAGGAGGCGGGUGCUGGGCCAGCACGUGGCCCGGCCUGCAGAACGAGCUCGUGGAUCCAGAAAGGGUUCUCUCUCAUCUUCUUCCGGCGCCUCCACGGAGGAAGCUUCAUGCCACCUGGCAAGAAAGCUGCUUCAGAGAGCGGGCAGUGAAGGUGCACUCCGAGCUGGAGACCAUGUCAGUGGCAUUAAUUGCUCACAGCGUUGUGCAGCCCUCCCCACUAUCUCUGAAGUUUUCUGAAGCCCCAGAUGAACGCUCUCUGCCCUGGAAGCAGUGGCUCCGCUCUCCCCUCUGCCCCAGCGCCCGUUACCCUCUGCGCUGCCUCCGUCUCCGUGACCGUGCCCACCUGAGCACUCGUUUAACCGGAAAAGCAGACGGGGUGGUGAUGGACACAAGCGCCAGUGGGCUGGGUGGGGCGUCGGGGGGCGCCCUCGGCCUGAGCCGCCUGCACGUGGUCCCGUUUUGUAAGAUUCUCUUUUCCAAACCCAGCAGUUUCUCGGUCUUCCCCUUGCCUCCGUCCCCCCCGCCUUCAUUUCUGUGCCUCCCCUUCUCUCCCCGUCUUGCUCCCUCCCCCACACAGGGGGCUGCUCUGCGGCGCAUCACCUGCGUGAACAGCUUAUAUUUAGAACAUCCCUCCUCCCAGACUGGAGUUCACGUGGCCCCUCUCGCUCGGUUUCCGCCUCGUUUCCCCGCGGCCUUUGCUAAACCCCAGGUGCGCUCUGUAGGACACGUGACGCCUGCCGGCCAAAGGCCUGGCUCAGGGUGGCCCCCGGGAAACGCUGGCCCUGGACCGCAAGCCUUGAAGGAGCCGCAGCGUUGA